AUGCCCUUUUUAUUUAUUAUCUUUAUCACUUUUUUGUGCCCUUUUGUUUCGGCGCAAGUAUCUGCUGAUGAUUACGCUCAAAAAGCGUUCUUAGGUUAUAUUGAUGUUUUAAUCAAUUUUAUGGUUCCAUUAAUCAUUUUUGUAAUCGUAGACUACGAAUAUGAUGACUAUGGUUCAAGUACAUUAGUUUACUUAACUAGGUCAAUUGUAUAUUUUGUUAACAUUUGCAUACAACAAGAAUUAGCUUUUAUUUUUUCACCAGUUAGAAAAGUUUCUAACUUUAUUAAAAUUUUACAGCAUAUUGUAGUUGUUUUAUUUGGAAUUGAAAUUAUCGGAAAUUUUUAUAUUUUCUUUAAAACUAAAACAAAAACUGAAGAAGAAAAGGUUGAAAAAGAAUUUAAAAAGCAAAUCUUAGUCAUUAAACAAGCUCUUAAAGAAAUUGUCAAAGCACAAAAUGAACAAAUUAAAAUUGUUAAACAAACCCUUGAAGAUAGCUUCAAAACACAAAUUCAAACUCUUAAAAAAUCCUUUGAAGAAAACACACAAAAACAAAUUCAAGCUCUUAAAAAAUCCCUUGAAGUAAGCGUCCAAAAAAAAAUUCAACCUCUCAAAAAAUCCUUUGAAGAACAUGUUCAAACUUUCAAACAAUCUUUUGAGGAAGGCAUUCGAACUAUUGAACAAUCUUUUGGAGAAAGCAUUAAAACGCAAAUUCAAACUCUUGAAGAAAAUCUUAAUAAAAAUUUCCUCCCUAAAAGAGUAUAUCAACCAAAAUUUCAAAUUCUUGAAGAAAGAGUUAAGACUUUGGAACAAAAAAUAGAACCACCAUCAACACAAGCUACUUUUUUUAGUCACUUUUUAACGUGUAUGACGGAUUUUAUUGAAACGAGUAAAGCUAAAUUUCCAACUCUAAAUUCCAUAUCAAAUGAAAAUCUCAAAUCAACUGAAACCCUCCUCCGAUCAUCGAAUUCUGAAAAUCUCAAAUCAACUGAAACCCUCCUCCGAUCAUCGAAUUCAACUGAAUAUCCCAAAUCAACUAAAAAUCUCAAAUCAACCCUCCGAUCAUCGAAUUCAACUGAAAAUCGAUCAACUGAAAAUCGAUCCAAAAAAAUUUUUAUUCAAUCGUUUUUCUUAGUAAACUAUACAGCUUUAACUCUCUUUGUAAUUGUACUUGGUUUUUUACUUAAUGACUUAAAAGAAAAUUUUACACAAAGUUUUGUCGUGUGUUUAAUUAUUACUAUUUCUCUUACAUCUAUAAUUCAAUUUACGAUAUUAAUAAUGGCAUAUCGUAGAGGAAACUUAGAAGUAUAUAUUAAGAAGAAUCAAGAAAUUUAUAAAGAUAUAUUGCCUAAAUAUCAAGUUUAUAUUUUCAUUAUUGAAGAAUUUAUAAACGUUAAUGUGCUUUAUUUACCUUCCUUAAUUAAUUAUUUUCUUUUACAAACUCCUGAUAUUUUCAAUAAGAUAUUUCUAAAUCUAAGUGCUUUGUUAGUUACUGUUUGGAUUAUAAUAAUGUAUAAAUUAAUUUUAAAAAAUGAAGGAAUAAAGAAUUGUUGA